GUGAAAACGAAAAACAUCACUCACACCUUUCAAGCUUCUAGCCUCACCACGAAGACAGGGAUGAAGAAGAAAAGGAAAAGCUCUGAGUAUAUAUUUAAAUUCAACGCCUUUUAGAGUUCUUUUUGUCUCUCUCCUACUAAUAGAUCAUAUUGAAGGAGCUCUCUUAGCAGCCCGCGACUGCUCUACAACCGUGGAAGUCCUCCACAAGUAUGGGUUCGGCUUCCACGCUUCCUCCUACUUUUCCUGACACUACUACUACCUAUUCCUAAUACUCGCUAUAAAACCCGCCGCAUACUAUACUUGGGUUUCCAUCCUCAGCGUAUCAGCCUAACUAUCAAAUGUCGACUGUGCCUGGGAUUUCCCUUAUCGACAAUACGUCUACAACAACCUCGGUUGAGCGGACACCCUCCAGGAACGUUGGCCUUGAACAAAGCCCCUCAACCGGCUCGCGCACGGCUACGGCGUUAACGAAGAAGUUGAGAAAGGGUUCCAUGAAGGAUAGCCUAGCGCGGAGGAAAUAUGCAAAGUAUCAGCAGAAUCGAUACAAUACCGGCGAUGGCACCGAUUCCAUCGACGGGGACAGCGAGGCCCGACAUAGUCGGGAGCCAUCGCUGUCGCAACGAGGCUCUGCCGAUAUGGGAAUGGAACAUUGGCGUUCCGGAAAUACUACAAAGCUUGGUAAACAAAUUGCCACUGAUGUCUCAUCGGAGGUCGCAGCUGUAUCAUCACAAGCCAGGCAGCACCCUGGGGCUAGCGAAAAGAGCGCGAUUGACGUGUUGUACGAGAAUCAGCGGGGCUGGUGGUUCUUCGGGAUACCCCUAUACUCAGCAAAGUCCCUUUUGAACCUCGAUCCGUCUGCUUGGCUGACCCGCAACUUCGAGGUUAGCCCCGUAAACAUUACCAAUGCGCAGGUGCCGGACCCUAGCUGGGAAUGGGCGUGGGAUACCUGGUACAUAGAUAUGUCCUAUGACGUUGAUGAGGCUGGGUGGCAGUAUUCCUUCUCCUUUUCGUCGCGCUUUGCAUGGCAUGGUACGCAUCCGUGGUAUCACUGCUUUGUACGACGCAGAAGAUGGCUGAGGAAAAGAGUUAAGAAGACAUACAUUGGCCCCGAGGAAGACAUCGCUGUAGGAAAGGCAUGCGCGCCGAAUUGGGGUUCCUUUGCGGUUAGUUCGUCCCGGGCACCGAGCGCUGAACCUGAGAGUCGGCGAGGAAGACGGCGCGCUGUUUCGACUGUUAGCGCGAGAGCGGAGGACUUUGUUCCCGAAGAUAUCACCAAUAUCGGUACGCUGUUAAGCGCAAUGAGGUGGGCUGCGUUGGAUAGGGACAAAAUCCUCGCCGUUCAGCAUUUUGUGAAAUAUGCGGACGAGGAAUUAUGUUUACUUUCGGAAAAGAUGCCCGAGGUUUUAUCCACUUUAGUAUACCAUACUUCUCGCCGGCAGCUAUUGUACUACAUACGACACACUAUCGAGACCAUCCCCGCGGAUUCUGAAGGCGUUCAGAAACGAAGACGAGACAGCCUUGUCAAAAUCAUUGAGGAUGGGCGGCUGACAGACCUAGAGUUCUGGAAGGAUGAAAAGGUGCUGACUCGAGAAAAGGGGAAUGGUUCUGGUGACAGAGGAGGUAGUGAGCGGGCUGAUCAAUUAUCUUCUAGAAGGUCUAAAGGAAAGGCAGUUGUACGGAAUAUUGCGGAUAUGGAAUAGGCUGGGGUUAGGAAGACGCGAGACUGUUCUUCAGGAUUUAAUUUUGCGACCCCCUGACUAUUUUCUUUUCCCGUUCAUAUGCACUAAUUUUAAGCACAGCCAGUCAAGCGAUGUUCGCAAGGGGCGUUACAGGCGUCUACUAGAUAGCUUUAUUCAUGGAGACAACUUGUUACAAACCUCUCCUUUACACGUAACUAUCCUUUCCUUUAUGCCCUCCAGUUGCUUCGUUAAGAGGCUCUAUAUAGAUCACCACGUGAUUGAUUGUUCGCCUAAACUUUCCGUUUCUCAGCUAGUUAGUUACUCUCUUGCCAGCUAGAAGAAAGUUUAGGCGAAAAAAAUAUCCCUAACGCGAGGUCCAAACUGAUGAAACGUCUGCAAGGGAAUA